UAGACGUUGAAAGAUGCUCUGAAAAAGAAUGAUAUGUAAAUACAUAAAAGCAAAAAUUGAUUAAAGACAAUUUAAACAUGAGAAUCUUGUCUUGGAACAUUAACGGGAUUAGAGCUAGUAAAUUAAAUUUAAAAGAUCUAUUUGAGUCUUUUAAUGCUGAUGUAAUAUGUCUUCAAGAAACAAAAGUAACUCGGGACAUGCUGGAUGAGCCUACAGCUAUUGUUGAUGGCUACAAUUCUUACUACAGCUUCUCUAGGAAAAGAAGUGGAUAUUCAGGCACAGCCAACUUCUGUAGGGACAGCGUAACACCAGUCUGUGCAGAGGAAGGUCUGGCUGGUACACUGACUGUCAGUGAGACAGGAAGUGUAGGUAACUAUGGUAACCAAACAACAUUCAGUGAUGAUGAACUGAAGGACCUUGAUGCAGAAGGCAGGACUGUGAUCACACAACACAGGAUUAGGCUUGAAGAUGGGACUGAGAAAGACUUGGCUGUGAUCAAUGUAUAUUGUCCCAGAUUUGACCCAGAAAGACAUGACCGCCACCACUAUAAACUGAGGUUUUAUGCUCUACUUCAGACAAGAGCUGAGGCAUUGUUAAAGAGUGGAAGUCAUGUAAUAAUCCUGGGAGAUAUCAACACAACACACAAAGAUAUAGACCAUUGUGAUCCUGAUGAUGAAGCGUCAAACAAGAGACCAAGCAGACUAUGGUUAAACCAGAUGUUUUGGGAACAAGACAAGGAUCCGAGCCUUGAUACCGAUAUUGACAAGGAGGAAUUUAGUGCUGCUACUCCGUAUACAGUUGGUGGGAAGUUUGUCGAUACUUACAGAUUCUUCUAUCCUGAAAAGGAAGGUGCAUUUACCAACUGGUGUACUCUGACCAAUGCCAGAGCUACAAACUUCGGUAGAAGACUGGAUUAUAUUCUAGCAGACAUUGAUCUUGCCAACAAAUGUCUCAAGGAUGCCAGCAUCAUGCAGGAUGUAGAGGGCUCAGACCACUGUCCUAUAAAGAUCGAAUUAAAUUGUAAAUGUUUACCAGCAAAAACCUGCCCUCCGCUGUGUACCAAAUUUAUGCCCGAGUUCAGUGGUAAACAACAGAAGUUAUCUACAUUCUUCACAAAGUUAACAAAGAAAGAGGUUAACAGUUCUCUCAAUAUCUGCAAAAAUAAUAAAGAAAGUGAAAACAUUGUGAAAAAGGAAGAACCAAAAAGUAGUCCGGAAGGUGUAAAAAGUUUAAAAAGACCAGAAAAAUCAAAUAGUUUUUCACAGCCAUUAAAAAGACAGAAAACUACGGAGUUGAAAAAAACUGACAGCAGUUCCAAACAAGCAAGUUUAAUGUCUUUCUUUAACAAAGGGGCAGAAUCUAAGAAAAGGGCUUUAAAGAUAAAUCAGACUAUGAAAGUAGAGCAGAACAAAAGUUCGGAUAAACUUGAAACCAUGGAAACAUCAAGCAAGUAUUUCAGUAACGAGGAUAAAACUAGGUCUAAUCCUGAGGCAGAUGAUAAUGAGGGUAAAACAGCAAAGACAACUAGCAUUGUUAAUGAAAACACCUCAGAAACUGCAAAUGCAUGGAAGAAUCUGUUAGGUGGACUUGGCCCGGCUCCCUUGUGCAAAGGUCACAACGAACCAUGUGUGUUACGAAUGGUAAAAAAGCCGGGCCCAAACAAAGGGAAGCAAUUCUAUACCUGUGCAAGAGGAGAGGGUUUGAAAUCCAAUCCAGAGGCAAGGUGCGACUUCUUUAAGUGGGUCGUGAAAAAGAAGACAUGAUGUGACUUUGUAAGAAAGUGGUGUGUGUUUAACAAAACAUGCUAAACUUAACUGAAAUUUACCAAAAACAUAACAGUUGUUAUACAGGACAGAAAUGUUGUUCGGCUGAAUUAUUCAGUGAAGCAAAAUGUGAAACUUAGUCUUUAAAUCAAACAAGAUGAGUUUGCGUAUAAAAAUUAAUAUAUGAUUGUGCUUAUUAAGUUAGUGUACAAAGAAGACUGUGCCAAUUUUUGGCAUGACAAUAUGAAGUAUAUGGAGAGCUAUCCUACAUGCCCUUGUGUCAGCCACAGGCACACGUAUAGCAUCCUGGGUGAAAAAAAAGGAGACAAAAAUCCCUAUUUUCAUCCCAAGUCAAGCCAAAAAGAAAAAAAUACAUUGAAAGAUGAACUGCUUUCAAAUGAUAUACAGAAGAGACAAGGCCACUUGCUGUUGUGGACAGUUUAACAAACUAUAUACCACUGUAUCAUGUGUUGUUACACAUUGUUACAAAAUGAGACUGACCUCAAGUCUAGAGCCCCUCCCAUUCAUGAAAUAUGUCAGGAAACUAGGGUACCAGCUAGCUAAAAUUGGGGCACAAAAGAAUAGUACAAAUACUUAGGCUAAAGUUAGCUUGUCAGUGAAACACAUGUCAAAUUUACUAGCAUUACGGGCAAGAACAACUGAAUACAUGAAGUAAGGUCGCUCAACUCGGGUCUAUAGUUUCUGCUAUUGACUUGUCUUCAGUUCAACAUAGGUUUGCUGGGCUAGAGUCAAAAUGAAAUCUUUAAAUAUAUAUAUAUUUAUGGUGUCAUGUAAUAAAACAUUUAUUGAAUGGCUUAAAACUACAGUUGAAACUGGAUAACUCGAACUGACUUAUCUUGAAAUAAUGCUUACUUUUUCAAGUCCCAACUCAAAAACAUACGCAUAAAAUAUCAUUUUAACUCAAAUUUCGGUUAUUAUUAUUAUUAUUAUACCAGAUUUAUAUUGGGCCCUUUUCAUGAUCAAUUUCACGUUCAAAAGCGCUUUACAUAGUUCAAAUGCAGCCACACAGGGCGCAUAAUUCAUCCUCUACUAGUACAGACACAGAGCGAUUUGACCAGAGGGACAGAGUGAGACAAAGCUCCCACGACAGAGAGAUCAGAAAUCAGAUACAGGCUUGUCCGCUAACUUAGCCUAGCUCGUUGCGAAUAGACAGCCUGGUUCUUUAACGUGCCCAGUGUAUAGCACUGAUACAUGCAAGGAUUGCCUGGGUUCCUGACCAGUACACCUCUAGUUGGGGGGGGGAACACUGAAAAGCGUUUCUGAAAAUUCCCGAGUAGCUGCCGGGGAUCAAACCCCCGACCUCAGGAUAGGAAGGCCAGUGUGCAAACCACUGAGCUAUCCAUCCGUGAUACCUCGAAGUGAAAUGCUCAAUCCCUUGGAAUUCAACAUAACGAGUUUCAACUAUAUUUGCCUGCAGUCCUUAUCAAGCAAGUCUUUUAGUGAGUAUAUUAUUACACAACUCAACAUAUAAAUUGUCGUCCAAAGUUUGUGCUGUUGACCAGUCUUGAAGAAAAAAAAAUCAUGAAAAUGUAUUUCUGGUUUCAUAUUACAAAUACUUGUAGUUUGAAGAUUUUUGUCACCUCAACACCAAAAGUGGAUAACUACAGUGGCAUAUAGAAGAGCUUAUCCACUAGUCUUCCUGCCUUGUUAUAUAGUAAGGUUGGUAGUUAAGUUACUCGCGGAGAUCAACUCAAUCCAGGAAAAUUGGUUUGGUUCAUUUACGACCAUUACUCAAGAACAUAUUGUUGAAAAUGUGUAAAUCCCAAUUCAUAGAAAAAGCAUCAGUCACACAAAGAAUUUCAAAUUAAUUUUUGUAUAAAAAGCAUAACUCUUGCUUAAAGUUCUGCUUUUGCCUUUUGACUCCAUUAAAUCAAGUUCUGUCUUUAACUUAUUCCAUAAGGCACGCAGUACUUUUCUUAUGGCGCACACAACAGGCAUGAGUUUUCCUUAAGCUUAAUUGAACAAGUGCGUUCAAAAUGUCCUAUUCUUUCAAAAAUGUCUCUAAACUCAGUCAUUAAAGGAUGAACCAUAGUAUUUUUUUGGUCUGUGGCAUACGUUAAUUGAAUUAAGUAGAGAUUGCAUGAUGUUUGUAGAUUUAUCAGCAAAGGGGCGUUUUUCUGAUUUACAACAUAGAACAUAGAACUCAGCCUGAGAUCUUUGUAAACGCAGCGGAGGUGUAUUCUACCAAUAACAGCAAGGAGCCAUUAAUGUUUAAUUUUCGGAAUUUUUCAUGUGGGAGUAUGUUGACCUGGCUUCCUGUACCAAUUUUUGCAUCAAGGCUUAAGUUAUGAAUCUGGAUAUGGACAAUGGCCUGAUCUGGUCUAGAAUGUGAAUGAAAGUCACUUGCCAUGUGAACGAAAAAUUCAUCCUCACUCGAGUCAGUAAAAUCCAAAUUUUUACAGACUGAAUGCACAUUUUUAACUCACCUGAGCCAAAGGCUCAUGGUGAGCUUUUGUGACCGCUCAGCUUUUGUGACUGCUCAAUGUCCGUUGUGUGACGUGCGUUGUUCGUCUGUCAACAUUUUCUAAAAAAAAAUCUUCUUGAAAACCACUGGGCAGAAUUACACCAAACUUCAUAUGAAUGAUCCUUGGGUGGUCCCCUUUGAAAAUUGUUCAAAGACUUGAAUUCCAUGCAGAACUCUGGUUGCCAUGGCAACCGAAAGGAAAAGCUUUAAAAAUCUUCUUGUCCAAAACUGCAAGGCCUAGAGCCUUGAUACUUGGCAUGUGACAUCAUCUAAUGGUCCUCUAAGAAGAUUGUUCAAAUUAUGCCCCUGGGGUGAAAAGAGGCCCCGCCCCGGGAGUCCCAAGUUUUGCAUCGACUUAUAUAGGAAAAAACUUUAAAAAUCUUCUGUCUAAAACCACAAGACAUAGGCCUUUGAUAUUUGGUAUGUAGCAUUGCCUUGUGGUCCUCUACCAAAAUUGUUCAAAUUAUAACCCUUGGGUGAAAAGAGUCCCUGCCCCAGGGGGUCUCAAGUUUUACGUAGACCUAUAUAGGAUUUUUUUUUUUUAAAUCUUGUCUGAAACUGCAAGGCUUAGGCUUUUGAUAUUUGGUAUGUUGCAUUGCCUUGUGGUCCUCUACCAAAAUUGUGUAGCAGUGGAUCUCUUACAAGGUUGUUCAAAUUAUUACCCUGGGGUGAAAAGAGGCCCUGUCCUGGGGUCACCUGUUAUAUGAGUUAUAUAGGAAAAAGUACUUAAAAAUUAUUGGAUCAUAGUUCCUGAACUGUUUAAUUAUAAUUACCUGAUGACCUCUAGUGAUUAGGGGUCACCUGAUUGUGACCCUGACCUACUGACUUACUUUCUUGUUUUUUAAGAUACAGCCUUGAAAUUUGGAUGACAUGUACAGUUUUGCACACCAAUCUUAAAACUGACUUUCAGUGACCAUGAAUGUGACCUAUUGACCUACCGGUACUUUCUUUAUAUUUUAGCAUCAGUUUGCCAUUUGAAACAGGUGGCUCAUAUUACUCAGGUGAGAGAUCCAGGGUCAUCAUGACCCUCUUGUUAUCUGUUUCUGGUCUUCACAUUUUGGGGAAGUGAUUAAGUUUUGAAUACUUGUUACAUUUUAAGCCAAGUGCUGGACAGUCUGUUUGUUCGCUUGUCAGGGCGGCUGCGUCUUGUGGAUAUCCAUUCUGGUUGGUCAUGCUUAUUGUAUUCCUCUUUCCUUUGUUUGUUUAAAUGUCAUCCCCUGUGGGCAUUUGAUUGUGCUGCCCAAGAUCCUGCAUUCUGGGACAUAAUAGAAUCUAUCUCUUUGUCUUGAGCUUUCAUGGCCUCUAUUUGUUUUUAGCUCGACUUUUCGAAGAAAAAGUAGAGCUAUUGCACUCGCCCCGGUGUCGCCAUCGCCAUUGGUUAAAGUUUUUGAUAAAGUCAGAUAUCUCUGUUACUAUCAAAGAUAUUGACUUGAAACUUAAAAUAGUUAUUUACUAUCAAAGUCUACACCAGGAGAAACAAUCCCCAUAUCUCUGGUUUGAAUUUUGACAGAAUUAUGCCCCUUUUUAACAUAGAAUUUUUGGUUAAAGUUUUUGAUCAAGUCAAAUAUCUCUGUUACUAUCAAAGCUAUUGACUUGAAACUUAAAAUACUUAUUUACCAUCAAAGUCUACACCAGAAGAAACAAUCCCCAUAACUCUGAUUUGAAUUUUGACAGAAUUAUGCCCCUUUUUAACUUAGAUUUUUUUUUUAAAUUUUUUUGAUAAAGUCAAAUAUCUCUGUUAAUAUUAAAGCUUUUGACUUGAAACUCAAAAUAGUUAUAUACAAUCAAAGUCUGCACCAAGAGACACAAUUCCCGUAACCCUGAUUUGAAUUUUGACAGAAUUAUGCCCCUUUUUAACUUAGAAUUUUUGGUUAAAGUUUUUGAUAAAGUCAAAUAUCUCUGUUACUAUCAAAGCUUUUGACAUGAAACUUAAAAUACUUAUUUACCAUCAAAGUCUACACCAGGAGAAACAAUAUCUAUAACUCUGAUUUGAAUUUUGUCAGAAUUAUGCCCCUUUUUAACUUAGAAUUUUUUGUUAAAAGUCAAAUAUCUCUGUUACUGUUAAAGCUUUUGACUUGAAACUCAAAAUAUUUAUUUACUAUCAAAGUCUACACCAGGAGACACAAUUCCCAUAACUCUGAUUUGAAUUUUGACAGAGUUAUGUACCUUUUUAACUUAGAAUUUUUUUUACUGGUAAAGCUCUAAUUCAGAGUCAAGCACUGAGAAAUGCCGAGCGCGCUGUCUUAUGGACAGCUCUUGUUAGCUCACCUGUCACAUAGUCACAAGGUGAGCUUUUGUGAUCACCCUUCGUCUGUCUUCUGUCCACAAUUUCUUUUGAACAUGACAGAGACCACAUUUUGCAAUUGAUUUUGUUAAUACUCUAGAGGCCUUAUUUAUGACCCAAUCUUCAUGAAACUUGGAAAGAAUGUUUAUAUUGAUGAUUCCUAGGCCAAGUUCGAAACUGGGUCAUGUGGGGUCAAAAACAAGGUCACUAAUCGAAUCAAAGGAAAAGCUUGUUAACACUGUAGAGGCCAUAUUUAUGACCCUAUCUUCAUGAAACUUGGUCAGAAUGUUUAUGUUGAUGAUUCCAAGGCCAAGUUUAAUAGGUGAGCAAUAUAGGGUCAUCUUGACCUUCUUGUUUAUUAUAUUCAUAUGAUUGCGCAAUUUCCUUUGCCGUUUGCCAUGUUAGGUCUUUCCCUUUUUCUGUCAGCUUUUCGCAUACAUGUUUGGAUUGGCAUCCAAAUACUUCCCUCAUUGUUCUUUUGGAGUUUUCCCUUUAAGGGGCUCGUCGAACAUCAGCUUGCUGUGCCGUUCGAACUUGUGCCAACUGUCUGGGAGAUUGGUUGACUCCCAGUUCUUAGAAGUGUGUUGUAGUCCAUUGUUUCCUGUACCAUUGUAAGGGUUCACUUUACCAUUUAUCCCUUUGAGUCGUUUACACUUUUUAGCUCAACUAUUCAAAGAAUAGUCUAGCUUAAUUCUACCCACCCUGGCGUCGGUGUUGGUUAAAGUUUUGCAUGCAAGUACAUAUGGCUAUCAUUUAAAGGCAUAUAGCUUUGAAACUUAUUUUUUUCUUUUUCUAUGUCAAUUACCAACCUCACUGGAUCAAGUCCCAUAACUCUUGAUUUGUAUUUUGGUCAAAUUAUGCCCCCAUUUGGGCUUAGAAAAUCCUGGUUAAAGUUUUGCAUGGAAGUUAUUGUCUCCAAACUAAUGCAGAAUCUGAUAUUGAAUUGAAACUUCACAUGAUUGUGUCUUUGGGGGUUAUAAAGCUAGGUGAUAGCAUCAAGUCCCAUAACUCUGACAUGCAUUUUGGCCAAAUUAUGCCCAUUUUUGGACUUAGAAAUUCCUGGUUAAAGUUUUGCAUACAAGUUACUAUCUCCAAAACUAAUGCAGAUACUGGAUUUAAACUCUAAAGAUAUUUUAAUAUUUAGGGUAAUAUUCCUGCUUCUAGGACAAUUUAAAUAGUCGAGCAUUGGCUGUCUUACAGACAGCUCUUGUUUAAGAUCUUAUAAGAAAUACAUGUACUAACACAUGCAUAAUACAGUAAUAAACAAAUAAAACAUAAAUGCAUUUAUUA